UAUCAUCAACAGCGUACAUUUAUCUCUUUAAAAAGAAAAAAUUUCAUCUGUACUCUCAAAGCUUAGCAAGCAAGCAAGCAAGCAAUUCCAUAGCCUGGAAAAAUCCCCACCAUGGAAACGCCUACAGAUGAACACGGCAAGCUCAGUGAACCUUUCCUUACAUCCUCUCCAUCAAAGGGUGGUUUCAGAACUCUACCUUUCAUCUUAGCAAUGGAGGCCUUUGAAAGGGUGGCUAUCGUUGGGAUAACUACGAAUAUGAUAGUGUAUUUGACGGAAGAAUUCGGCAUGGAAACCGCAACAGCAGCCAAUGUGAUAUUCGUUUGGUCAGCUGCCACCGGUUUCACACCCAUCAUUGGUGCUUUUAUUGCGGAUUCUUAUAUGGGAAAGUACCCUAUGAUCGGAAUCGGAACCAUUAUUGGUUUUCUGGGGAUGAUUCUAUUAUGGUCAACAGCUAUGAUUCCACAAGCAAGGCCAUACUGCGACCAAUUCAACACCAUCUGUGAAGCCCCAGCAAUACCCCAACUUGUACUCUUAUAUUUUUCACUAGGCCUAAUCUCUAUCGGAGCUGGUGGCAUAAGAUCGCCAUUCAUGGCCUUCGGUGUAGAUCAGUUGGAUGAGAGAAACAACUCGCACAGUUUCUUCAAUUGGUGCUAUGUUACACUCAUGUUUUCAUCUCUAAUCGCUGUAACUUUGAUUGUUUAUAUUCAAGAUAACAUGGGGUGGAAAAUGGGUUUGGGGGUACCUGUAAUGCUGAUGUUCCUUUCAGCUUUUUCGUUCUUCUUAGCAUCUUCAUUUUACAUCAAGUUGAAGCCUAAGGCAAGCUUGCUCACUGGUUUGGCUCAAGUUAUAGUGGCUUCUUUCAAAAAUAGGCACAUUGAGUUACCCUCCCAUGCCACAAAUGAAGUUUAUUAUGUCAGAGAGGGAUCGAUGCUUCAAGUGCCAAGUGAAAAACUAAGGUUUCUGAAUAAAGCUUGCAUGAUAAAAAAUCCUCAAGAGGACUUAACCUCGAAGGGAAAUGCUUCAAACCCAUGGAGUCUUUGUACAAUAGAUCAAGUAGAGGAUCUAAAAGCAUUGAUCAGAGUAAUGCCGCUUUGCUCCGCAGGAAUUAUACUGUCCGUAACCGUUAAUCAAGGCUCAUUGAUGGUAAUUCAAGCAGGAACCAUGGACAGACAUGUAACUUCAAACUUUGAAAUUCCAGCAGCUUCAUUCAGCUUGUUUAUGAUGAUCUCUGUGGUUGUAUGGAUCGCAUUCUAUGACCAGAUAGCUCUUCCUUUAGCUUCAAAGAUUAAAGGAAAACCGGUUCGUCUCAGUUUAAAACAAAGAAUGGGGAUUGGUCUUCUUUGCUCUUGUGCAUCCAUGGUAGCCUCAGCAUUUGUAGAGUGUACUCGGCGGAAAAUCGCGACGGAAGAAGGAUUUUCUGAUGAACCGCAAGCCGUUGUGCAUAUGUCUGCACUAUGGGUACUGCCAUUUUAUGUCCUAGCUGGCUUGUCUGAGGCUUUCAAUGCAAUUGCACUGAUUGAAUUCUGUUACUCCAAUUUACCGAAAACCAUGUCAACCAUUGCGGCCAAUGUUAGUGGAUUGGGAGGCUUCACUGGGAACCUGGUGGCCAGUUUAAUAACAAGCAUGGUUGACAAUGUUACUAAAAAAGGAGGGGAAAGCUGGGUUUCGAGUAAUAUGAAUAAAGGGCAUUAUGAUUACUAUUAUUGCCUUCUUGCUGGCUUGAGCAUGCUUAAUUUUGUGUACUUUCUGGUUUGCUGCAAAGCUCACGGUCCUUGUCAUGGAGAUAACGAAAACGAGGCCGAGAACUCAGGAUUAGGAGAUCAUGAGAGUAUAGAUGAUUGUUAAGUUUCUCGGAAUAUACGAGCACUUCAGUUAGGUA